AUGUCGACGUUAUUAUCAUCGCCUCAUGAUUUAUCCUUAUUGAGUUGGAAUAUUCUGGCUCCAUGUUGGGUACCACGAGAAUGGUAUCCUUCUACAUAUGAUUUAGCUGCUGAUGAACGAACUCGUUUACCAUUAAUUGUCGAUCAUAUUCGUUCACUGAAUCGUGAUAUUGUCAUGCUUCAAGAAGCACAAGAAGAUCAAUUAGAUUUAUUCAAACAGAAAUUAAGUGAUAUCUACUCAUUCGAGUUCAUUUCGAAUAAUCCAACAGCAAGCAAUAAAGCAAAUGGACUCCUCACUUUAAUUCGCAAGGAAUAUUCUUAUGCACCGGAAGUGAAAAUUAUUAGUGGCAUACUUGAUUUAGAACGAGGUGAUGCUAUUCAAAUCAUAACUAUUUCGUCGAAAAAUCUUGUUUUACUUAACCUUCAUCUCGAUUACCAUCAUCGCGCUGAACAAUCCCGAAUGAUUCGUAAUCGAUGUACUGCUCUACUUGGCAAUGAACAACCGAUAUCUCUUAUGGCCGGUGAUUUGAAUGCUGAAAUCAAAGAUCAUUAUGAAUUCGAAUGGAUUGAUUACGAGAAUGCUAUACAUGAAACAUCCAAAUAUGCGUGUGUUCCUACAUAUUAUUCUGAUCCAAAAUAUAUCUGGGUGAAUAUGGACAUUGAUCAUAUUGUCUAUGAUCCUACUCGACUUGAAGCAAUCGAUCAUGGCAAAGCUUGGGAUACACCGGAUCACACACUCGAACAAUCGUUGAAAACGUUUGGUAGUGAUCAUAUUUAUAUUUGGGCGACAUUUCGUUUUCGUUGA